AUUAAUUUACAAAUAUAGUGCAUGUAGUUCAUAUGUGUUCGGGUAACAUCAUACUCAUGCAAUAUUCACGGAACCUUUACGACGUGAAGCGCUCAGUUCCUUCCGGACUAAUAACAAAAACGGACUUCCUGUGGCUAUUCUGUCGUUGCUAAAGGAUAUUGUAUUACAUACCAAAGAAUUUCAACGGAUGAUGGCCUCCUGUCUUUCUCCUUGCGUUCCUACUGCUCUGACUUCUUUUCUCUCUACAAUACUUCCGCCUGGCUUUGCUGUGGGGCCUUCAAUAUCCUGUAAGGGAAGACUUGGACUGUGGUGGGUUGGUCGAGUUCUGCAGGUUGGAGACCUGCUGGGGAGGGAAGGGGACCCAGAAUGGAUACACAAGUUGCAGACUGGACGACUUGCUCCUCAAGACCUUAUCACAAGAAUGGAAUCCAUAACAGACAGCACCAAGGAAGAGAGGGCACCUACGCAAAUAGCAGAGGACAAUGCUGUUCCGGUGCGUGACGCUGUCUGGAUCAGUUUUGCCUGCCAGGUGGAAAGCAAAGCUUCGCAGAAUGUAGCAGUGCAAUGCACGUGUGCAGAGAUAUGUGUGGGCAUGUGUGUGAGUAUGCGUUUGCGUGUGUGUCAUGAGAUCCAGCCAGGAACUGAACUCUUGUUAGGUGGUGAAAUUGAGGGGGGAAAUGAUGCAAGAGACAGAUUUGAUGCACAGAACAUCUCUGAAGGAGAACAAAGAGAUUACCCAGUGGAACAAUUUAUGGAUCCAGAAAUGGCUGUGCCCAACUCACAGACCACUCAGGAAAAACAAAUAAAUGACCGGAGAGAUGAAGAGGAAGAAGAAAACAAGGAACCUUAUCAACUCUCACUUGGUCCUAAGGAAGGCAGACUGGAGGGAAGUAGCACAGCUUUUACCACUACUGCUAAAGGAGCCAAUAGUGUCAGGACAAAGUUGAACUCAACAGACAGGCAGAGAACCUUAGGUGGCCCAGCUCCCUCUGUCCGCUGUAGCUCUCGCCUGGCUGCUAAACCACGACAAGUUCAUUGUCAGACCAGCCAAGGAAAACAACUCACAAGUCAAACACACCCAGACAGACAUAUAGACAGGCAGGAGAGUUUCACAUUGGUUACAAAGUCCUCUGCGGAAGCAGCGGUUUCCAUGGCAACAUCACAUUCUGAUUCCGUGCCUGUGAGAGCAGCAAAUGCAACAGUUGAAGCUUCUAUUUGGUGCCCAGAGGUGAAAGAGAAGCGUUACAGGUAUUCCAGCUGUGGAAAGAAGUUUGAUCAGAUUGCCCACUUAAGGAAACAUCAGUUUAGUCGCACAAAGACGAAAGCCUUCACCUGUAAGGAAUGUGGCAAAAAGUGUACCUCUGCAGAGGCCUCUAAGGCCCAUCAGUUGAGCCACCAUCGGGAGUGUCUUUUUUCCUGUCCUCACUGUGACAAGACGUUUGGCCUAAAGCAGGACCUCCAUGAGCACUUGGUCAUCCACACAGAAGGGAAGCCAUAUGUGUGUGAGCGCUGUAGCAAAGCAUUUGGGCAUCGAUCCUCGCUGCGAAAUCACCGUCUCCUUCACUGCAGAUUGAUUUACCCCCAGCCUCCAAAGUUGCAGUGUACUAUAUGUCCCAAACUGCUAGCAAACUCUGGUUCUCUGAGGAAUCACAUGAAACUCCACACAGAAGAGAAACCUCACAUCUGCCAGUACUGUGGAAAAAGUUUCAAUCAAAAAGGGAACCUUGAUAGCCAUUUGAGAAUUCACAAUGGAGAGAGACCAUAUCCCUGCCCUGAAUGUGACCAAAGAUUUGCUCAGAAGCCUGAACUUCGCCGCCACAGCCUUUCCCACACUGGAGGCGUGUUCCUCUGUAGUUACUGUGGAAAAUCAUUAAGGGACCCACAUACCCUCAAAUACCACGAAAGACUGCAUACUGGUGACCGGCCCCAUUGUUGCCCGAUUUGUGAAAAAGGCUACACUAUGGCAACAAAGCUGAGGAGGCACAUCAAAUCUUCUCACGUGACAGAAAAGCCUCACAGCUGCCACUGCGGUGCGUCCUACACUCUGAGACAAAGUCUUUUGAGGCAUCAAGCACAGCACCAUUCACAGGAGGAACUCAAGGCAGGACUAAGACAGAAGGCCAAACCAACUAUACACAAAGUAAACUCUUGCCACUCAAGGCCAGUCAAAGGCCGACCUAAGAAAGGGUCCAAGGAUGAAAAGGUUCAGAGAAGAGGACAAGGAAAGGGAGAAGAAAGUGGAACAGGAACAAUUUUAAGGACAUCAGAGACUUCACCUCGGGAGGAUGAAAAGCCUUCAAAUGACACCCAACACUCCGUUGUAUUCGUUCACACUGACGCUACAGCUACACCAGGCUGCGGCCCUCUGCUGCUCACCUCAGAUGACUUGCUUUCGAGAACGGGACAGGAGCUGGUUGAAGUGGUUAUAUCAGGCGAUGCAGACCAGUGCAUUGUGGUCCAGGAGCAGCAGGCAGUCGGAGAUCUGAUGAUCGUACAAGAGGAGGAGCUCUGCUCUGUGGCCCAGACAGUUGAGAUAAACACUGUGUUGCUUUAACUCGUAUUCAUUAUCGGUUGAACAAUCUUCAUUGGACACAAAAUGCAUUUGAUUGAAUAAAUUAAUGUGUUUACAUUUGA